AUGCCUGCACAGAUCUACCUAGGGGACAUACCCUCCGAAUGCAAAGAAAGAGACGUGGAGGACUUCUUCAGGAAGUAUGGCCGCAUCGAGAAGAUCAGCAUGAAGGGCACUUUCGCAUUCGUCGAUUUUGAGGACGGACGUGACGGCGAUGAUGCCAUCCGAGACCUAGACGGCAGGCGACUCCUGGGAGUGCGAGUGAGGGUGGAGCGGGCGAGGGGAACCCCUCAUGGAAGUGACAGAUACGAGUACGACGACUACAGAGGGGGCGGAGGAGGAGGAGGUGGACGUGGCAGAGAGAGAAGGCGCACCCCCAUUUGGCUCGACAAGUAA